CUAACCAGUGCGCGUUCGCACCGAUCUUCAUGCCCUGGCUUUGCCUUUGGCCGCACAAAUGAUUCACGAAUGCGGAUGAAUCAUCGCCUGUUAAGCUGCGCGGGUCGAGCAAUCUCUCAGCAUGCAACUAUACCAAGGCCUCGCCCAGAUCUGACGCAGUUAGCCCGCGGAAACAUCGCUAGCAUAUCGAGUCCACGUUCAAACACGAGCAGCUUCAAGGAUUGCAGGCACUCUUCUAAUACCACCACAAUGGCGAUGAAUUUCGGAUCGGACAACUGGGCGGGAGCCCAUCCAACGAUUGCACAAAGCCUGGUCACGCACGCCACCGGAUACGCGAAGCCAUACAGUGAAUCCGAACUGGACGCCGCUGUUGUGGAGCGCUUCAAAAGCGUCUUCGAGCACGAUGACCUUACGGUCUAUUUUGUUGCCACCGGUACAGCAGCCAAUUCUCUGGCUCUUAAUUGUCUGGCCAAGCCGGGGGCUGUUGUAUUUGCACACCGCGAAUCCCACGUAGUCGUGGACGAGUGUGGCGCGCCAGAAUAUCUGUCUGGCGGGCAAGUACGGCUUGCGCAAGUGGAUGGUCUCAAUGGCAAGAUGGAUCCGGCCAAAUUGCGCACCGAAGUCGCUCGCUAUGCUGCCUACGACGUGCAUGGAGGACGACCUGUGGCCAUCAGUGUUACGAAUCCCACCGAGAGCGGCACGGUCUACUCCCUCGAGGAAUUGAAUGAGAUCAGCGCGAUUGCCAAAGAAUACAAACUGACACUGCACAUGGACGGAGCUCGAUUUGCGAAUGCCCUUGCGCAUCUCGCCGCCAGUCCGGCGGAGGCAACUUGGAGGCGAGGCGUGGAUAUUCUCUCCUUUGGAGCCACCAAGAACGGGUGCUGGUGUGGCGAGGCCGUUCUGUUCUUCAACAGCUCCCAGCAAGGCCGAUCGGAAGACUUUCCCUACAUCCGCAAGCGCGCUGCCCAACUCUUCUCCAAGUCGCGUUUCAUCUCGGCUCAGCUGGACGCAUAUUUGAAAGACGAGCUCUGGCUUCAAAUUGCACAGCAUUCGAAUAGACUGUGCAAGAGACUCGGGGAAGUGUUUGCAUCGGCGGGUGUGCGACUGGUGCAGCAGCCUCAAGCCAACGAGCUGUUUGUCAUUCUUAACCAAAAGCACGCUGCGCAGCUUGAGGCGAAGGAAAUCGUCUUCCUGGAAUGGCCGACGCCUUCCACGGUGAGCAUUAAGCCAGACGAGGUGGUGUGUCGAUUUGUUACAAGCUUCGCAACCACAGAUGCCCAGGUCGAAGAGGUGGCAGCUGUUCUGUCUUUCCUAGGUACACCGAAUGGUCAUAUAUAGAGAUAGAGCACAACCUGCAAGCAUAUGAGAGAGGCCUGUGUUGCGCACGUGAGACCGCGAUUUAAGCUUUGAGCGUAAUUGGGAGCACGC